AUGUCGCUCACUCAGGUGUCUAUUUUGGGGAAGGACUCCAUCCACAUUGGAUAUAACAUCCAGGAGCAUAUUGUCGAGGAAAUCCUAACCAAUGUCAAGUCGUCUACGUACGUUUUGAUCACGGAUACCAAUAUUGCGUCGCACGAUCAUGUCCGUAAGAUCGAGAGUCGGUUCACUGCAGCAAUGGCUAAGGCUGAUAACUCUCCGCGUUUGCUGAAAUACCUUAUUGCGCCGGGUGAAAUGUCAAAGAGUCGGGAGACGAAAGCUGCCGUUGAGGAUUGGCUGCUCAUGCACGGCUGCACAAGGGACACUGUCAUUUUGGCAGUUGGCGGUGGUGUCAUUGGCGACAUGAUUGGCUACGUUGCAGCAACGUUCAUGCGUGGCGUUCGCUUCAUUCAAAUCCCUACCAGCUUGUUGGCAAUGGUUGACUCUUCAAUUGGUGGUAAAACAGCAAUUGACACUCCUCACGGCAAAAACCUUGUUGGUGCGUUUUGGCAACCCGAGCGCAUCUUUAUUGAAUUGACGUUCCUCGAAACUUUGCCCGAACGUGAAUUCAUCAACGGUAUGGCUGAAGUUAUUAAAACUGCUGCGAUUUGGAAUGAAGAGGAGUUCACUCGUCUAGAACAGGUCAACAAGGCUUUCUUCGAUUGCAUCACCGAUAGAGAUCCCAAUACCGGUAGGGUCAACCUUGAACCUAUCAAAGACAUUGUCUUGAAUAUUGUUAAGGGUUCUGUACAAGUCAAGGCUGAGGUCGUGACCAAAGAUGAGAGAGAAGGUGGUUUACGGAAUCUCCUCAACUUUGGUCAUUCUAUUGGCCAUGCCUUCGAGGCUAUUUUAACCCCACAUAUUCUUCACGGUGAAUGUGUUGCAAUUGGCUGUGUUCUGGAAGCAGAGCUUUCUCGUUAUCUCGGUCAUCUGAGCGCUUCUGCUGUUGCUCGUCUUGUUGCAUGCCUCAAGGCUUUCCGUUUACCUGUUUCAGUUCUCGAUCCAAUCGUUCAAAAACGGGCUAAUUAUACGCCAUGCCCUGUGGACAAGCUGCUUCAAAUCAUGAAUGUCGAUAAGAAAAAUGAUGGCGCCAAAAAGAAAAUUGCCCUGCUCAGCGAAAUUGGUAAGACCUACGAGCCCCACGCUACAGUUGUAGCUGAUAAGGAUAUUCGUUUCGUUCUGUCUGACGAAGUCAAAGUAACUACUGGUGAGCCUCCAGCUGAGUUCACAGUUACUCCUCCUGGAUCGAAAUCAAUUUCUAAUCGCGUCCUGGUUCUUGCUGCUCUUGGUGAGGGCACUUGCCGCAUCGAAAACCUCUUGCACUCAGAUGAUACUGGCUACAUGCUUGAUGCUCUGCAAAAGUUGCAAGGUGCUGAGGUUUCUAAAGAACAGGGUGGUGAUGUUCUUGUCGUGACAGGACACUCCGGCGAAUUGAAAGCACCGAGUUCUGAGCUCUAUUUGGGAAAUGCCGGAACUGCCGCCCGCUUCUUGACAUGUGUCUCAGGCCUCGUCAAGAAUGGAAGCGUUACGGUUACAGGCAACAAGCGCAUGCAAGAGAGACCAAUCGGCCCUCUAGUGGAUGCCUUGUUUGCAAAUGGUGUUGAUAUCAAAUAUUUGAAAGCCCCCAAUAGUCUUCCUUUGAAUAUUACAUCUUCAGGUCUCAAAGGUGGACGUAUCGAACUGGCUGCAACUGUUUCUUCACAAUACGUUUCUGCAAUUCUCAUGUGUGCACCUUACUUUGCUGAGCCCACUACUCUAACCUUGGUAGAUGGAAAGCCUAUUUCUCAACUUUACAUUGACAUGACUAUCCAAAUGAUGGCAGACUUUGGUAUCACAGUUACGAAAUCGACAACAGAGGAAUACACCUACCAUAUCCCAACUGGUGUGUAUAAAAACCCGGCUCGCUAUGUUGUUGAGUCUGAUGCAAGCUCUGCUACAUACCCGUUAGCGUUUGCUGCUUUGACUGGUACAAAGUGCACCAUCCCAAAUAUUGGAUCUGCUUCUCUGCAGGGUGAUGCACGCUUUGCUCGUGAUGUUCUAGCCCCUAUGGGAUGUAUUGUGGAACAAUCAAGCCAUUCUACUACUGUCCAGGGUCCACCACGUGGCGGUCUCAAAUCUUUGCCGUAUAUUGAUAUGGAGCCUAUGACUGACGCUUUCCUUACUGCUGCUGUUGUUGCUGCUGCUGCUGAUGGAGUUACCAAGAUUGAUGGAAUUGCUAACCAGCGCGUCAAAGAAUGCAAUCGUAUAGAGGCUAUGCGCCUUCAGCUUGCAAAAUUCGGUGUUGAGUGUGAAGAGCACGCUGAUGGCAUUAUCAUCACAGGAACUAAUCCCAAAGCGUUUAGCGGUCCUGUACAUACCUAUGAUGAUCACCGUGUUGCAAUGAGUCUGAGCUUGCUUGCCUCUGUUUCUGGCCCAGUUCAUUUGGAGGAGCGUAGAUGUGUUGAAAAGACUUGGCCUGGCUGGUGGGACACUUUGCACAGCCUCAAUCAAACCAUCGAGGGUAUCGAGAGUGGGAACUUCCCUCAGCCCCCUUCGGUUCGCAAUACCAAAACAAUUGUUGUCAUUGGUAUGCGUGGUGCCGGCAAGACCACUCUCAGUCAGCUCACUGCUAGCACACUUGGAUAUGGUUUCACGGAUCUCGACCAUUAUCUAGAGCAAAUCUCUGGUCACACAAUUCCUCAAAUCAUUGAAGCUGAGGGAUGGGAGGGUUUCCGGGCGCGGGAGCUGCAAGUGUUUACUAAAUUUAUCGCUGCUCAUCCCACGGGCCAUGUUGUCGCUUGUGGAGGAGGUAUUGUCGAAAUCCCUGCUGCUAGAGAUGCUCUCAAAUCGUAUAUUGCUUCUGGCGGAUUGGUUUUCCACGUUCAUCGUAACCUCGAUCAGAUUGUCGACUACCUCAAUGUUGACAAGACGAGACCCGCUUAUGUUGAUGAUAUUCGCAACGUUUAUAUUCGCCGUGAACCCUGGUACUUUGAGUGUUCAAACAGAACUUUCUGCUCCCCUCAUGUUGAGGACUCUGACAAGUCUCAAUUGGCACGUUCACUUGGUCGAGUUAUUUCUGCAGCAGUUGAAAAUCGGCCUAUAGACAUACCUUCCGGUCGUUCUUAUUUCCUUUCUUUGACUUUCCCUGAUCUUACAAAGGUCACUAACCUGCCUGAAAUUUUGGAUGGAUGUGCAGCUGUGGAAUUCCGGGUUGACCUGCUCGAGCAAACUGAUACAGACUUUGUUGCUGAACAGCUUGGCUUCCUGCGCCUACACUCCAACAUUCCAAUCAUUUACACUGUCAGAACCAAGGGACAGGCUGGCAGAUUUGCUGACGAUGAUGUUGAAGGAUACGAGCGCUUGUGUAACCUGGGUCUUAAGCUUGGUGUCGAGUACAUUGACCUAGAGCUCACGCAACCUCGAUCUGUUCUGGACAGAGUAAGUGCAAAACGUGGUAUCACCCGUGUAAUUGCAUCUAAUCACAACCCUGCUGGUGAUUGGAAAUGGGAUGGGUUCGAGUGGAAGAGUGCCUACUUCAAUGCUUCUCGACUGGGCGAUAUUGUCAAGUUUGUUGGUAUGGCACAUACCAUGCAAGACAAUUUGGAUCUUGAAAACUUCCGCGCAAGCCACAGUAUUCCUGGAUCCAAGCCUCUGAUUGCGAUGAACAUGGGCUACGCGGGAAUGCUGAGCCGCGCACUGAACCCUCUGCUUACCCCUGUCACACAUGAAAAAGUUCCGUUCCCCGCUGCACCUGGCCAGCUCUCUAUCAAGCAAAUCAGUAAGCUACUUCAGCAAUGCGGUGAGUUCUCUACCGAGCAAUUUUUUGUCUGCGGUAAGCCUAUCGGUCAUUCUCAGUCUCCAAACCUUCAUAAUUCUCAGUUUGCUGAGCUUGGUCUUCCUUACCAUUUCGACAAAGUGGAGACAGACAAUAUUGAGAUCGUCAAAGCGCGCAUCUCUGAGCUUGGCUCAAAGUUUGGUGGUGCAGCGGUUACUAUCCCGCUAAAGCGCGCUGCGUACGAGCUGGUUGAUGAGCUUGCUGACGACGCCAAAACUAUUGGUGCGGUUAACACUAUCGAGCCUUUAGCUGACGGUCGUCUCAGAGGUAGUAAUACCGACUGGAUCGGCAUUAAGAAUGCAUUCGCGAAGUUUGGUUUGACUUCAGGACUUGGGAAGAAGGCUCUGAUCUUGGGUGCUGGUGGUACUAGCCAGGCUGCCGUCUAUGCUCUCAAUCAGAUGGGAUUCGAAAAGAUUUACAUUUUGAAUCGUACUCAUGCCAAAGCUGAGAAAGUUGCUAAAUCUUUUCCCUCUAUGAAUGUCGAGGCUAUUGAGAGCACUGCUAGCAUUGGCGGUAUUGCUGCUGUGUUCAGCUGCAUUCCUGGUGACGCUACUAUUCCCGAUGAGUUGAGCUCCUCUUUCAGCUCCGUUCUCAAUUCUGGAUCGGGCUUCCUACUUGAGGCUGCCUACAAACCCGACGUAACCCCCGCUAUGGCAGAGGCAUCUAAGCAAGGCUGGACAGUCAUUGGCGGCCGUGAAAUGCUUGUACUGCAAGGUGUCGAGCAAACCCGCCGCUGGACAGGGAUCAAUGCUCCGUUCACCGCUGGAAAAGCUGUUUUAUAA